AUGGAGAAGACGGCCCAAUCGGGGCAAGGCAGUAUGGACAUUGAGUCGGGAAGAGAAGGGAUCUCGCAUUGGAAGAUGAUCACAGAUCAGGGUGUCGUCACAAAUGAAAUCGUCAACUGGGAGUACGAAGGCACCGGCACAGAAGAGGAUCCGUUUGUGGUUGAAUGGAUUGAGAACGACCCAAGGAAUCCCAUGACAUGGGCGAAAACAAAGAAAUGGAUACUUGCGCUUUGUGUGGCGAACUCGGUCUUGGUUGUGUCUUUCUGCUCGUCAGCGUUCUCUGGAGGCAUAACGCAAAUCAUGGCGGAAUUCAAUGUGAGCCAGACUAUCGUAACACUAGGUGUAUCGCUUUUCGUGCUUGGAUUUGCCCUUGGACCAUUGCUAUGGGCGCCCUUUUCUGAACUCUAUGGCCGUCAAUUGGUCUUCGCCGGGACUUACAUUGCCUUUACAGCAUUCAAUGCUGGCGUUGCUGGUGCACCGAACAUUGUAGCUCUACUCGUCCUUCGAUUCUUGGCCGCCGCUUUCGGAUCAAGUCCUCUUACGAAUGCAGGUGGUGUCAUUGCUGAUUUGUUCUCCGCGAACGAGCGUGGACUGGCCAUGAGCAUCUUCUCUGCUGCACCCUUCAUGGGACCUGUUCUUGGACCCAUCAUUGGCGGAUUCCUUGGAAUGACUGAAGGAUGGCGCUGGGUCAGCGGAUUGAUGGCUAUCUGGUCCGGUGUCAUGGCCAUUGUCUGCAUUUGCCUGGUCCCGGAGACUUACCCCCCUGUUUUGCUCAGAGCGCGCGCCAACACGCUUUCCAAGAUGUCCGGAAAGGUUUACAGGUCCAGGACUGAUAUCCUCCAAGGCAAGGUUUCCCUCAAGGAUGCUUACGCGACCGGUCUCAAGCGACCCUGGGUCCUCCUCUUCUGCGAGCCCAUUGUUCUCCUCCUGUCGCUCUACCACGCCAUUAUCUACGGUAUCCUGUAUAUGUUGUUCGGUGCCUUUCCCAUUGUUUACCGCAUUGGUCGCGGCUGGAACGAGGGUAUCAGCGGUCUGCCAUUCGUCGCUGUUGCUGUUGGUAUCAUGCUUGCCCUUACCUAUGUCAUCCUCUACGACAACAAGAUGUACAUGAGGAAGGUCAAUGAGUCCGGCCUUGGCUACACUACUCCGGAGAUGAGACUGCCAAUGUGCAUUGUCGGUGGUAUCGCUCUCCCUGUGGGUCUCUUCUGGUUUGCCUGGACCAACUCCCCGUCUUUGCCAUGGGCAGCCAGCGUGUGCGCAGCCAUCCCCUUCGGUUUCGGCAUGGUUCUUGUCUUCCUGGGUAUCAUGAACUACUUGAUCGACAGCUACACCAUUUUCGCUGCGUCUGUUCUGGCCGCCAACGGCAUUAUUCGAUCGGUUUUCGGCGCCGCGUUCCCUCUGUUCACUAGUGAGAUGUACUCUGGUCUCGGCAUCCACUGGGCGUCUUCCGUCCCUGCUUUCCUCGCUCUUGCCUGCAUCCCAAUGCCCUUUUUCUUCUACAAGUACGGAGCUUCGAUCCGCAUGAAGUGCAAGUACGCCGCCGAGGCCGACGCCUUUAUGCAGCGCAUGCGUGCCCAGGCAGCACAGAAGGAGCAAGGAAGGGAGGUUGCUGGCGCACACACCAACGACACCUCGCGCGCCUCGACAUUACAAGCCGAGGAGGAAGAGGCCGAAGAGGAGGCUCACGAGGAGGAGAGCGUACCCCGAUUCGAGGAGAUGAAGACAGAGAAGGAGAAGGACGUGCAGAUGGGCGAGGGCCUGAAGAAGGUCGCCACAGGGCGAUCAUCGAGAAGUCGCAGAUCGGUACGCGUAGGAGACGACUACUACGACAACCCGUACGAGAUUGACCGCGUCAACACGCGGGAAAGCUUUGCGAACAGGGCGCGGUCGAAUAGUGGGCUUCGUUGA